AUGUCCUUCUUGAACACUAUCAGAGGCCUUGGAAGAAGCUCCAAAAAGAACAAAAAAGAUUUGGACGCUCCUGCGUCUUUGUAUCUGCAUGCUAACUCUUCUGGAUCUACAUUGAGAAGAUCUCAGUCACCAACGAAAUCGCCCACUAGACUGAGAAACCAGCUCAAUAAACAGUCUCCCACUAGAUCGAGAAACACAAAUGCUGGCCAGCAGUAUGACAUCAUAAAUACAAGCCUGUUGACCAACAGCCAGCUUACUGACGGUGGAAUCCACUCAGGAUCUGCCUCGGUAUCUGCUGGAGGUGCUGGGACAGCUUCAACCUUGACCACCCAAGCACCUGAAUCUGCGGGAGCUGUGCCCACAAAGAUCCCGUUGUUCCUUUGUGAACCGUUUGUAAAGACUGCCUUGGUAAAGGGUUCAUUCAAGACUAUAGUGCAGCUCCCCAAGUACGUGGACUACGGUGAGUGGGUAGCACUUAACAUCUUCGAGCUGUUCAACAACUUGAAUCAAUUCUACGGUAUCAUUGCUGAAUACGUCACGCCGGAGGACUACCCCACCAUGAACGCUGGACCCAAUACUAAUUACCUUUGGGUGGAUGGGAACGGCCAGUUGAUAAACUUGCCUGCUGGCUCCUAUAUCGACUAUGUCUUAACGUGGAUCAGUAAUAAGAUAAAUGACCAGUCCGUGUUUCCAACUAAAAGCGGUGGAGCAUUUCCGCCAAACUUCUUGAAGGAUUGCAAGAAUAUAUCUAGACAAAUGUUCAGAAUAUUCGCUCACAUGUAUUGGAAUCAUUUUGAAACUUUUGUGCAUCUUUCAUUGGAAGCCCAUUGGAACUCCUUUUUCUGCCAUUUCAUAAGCUUCAUCAAGGAGUUUGGACUCAUAGAUAGAUCUGAGUUGGUACCUUUGUUACCGCUAAUCGAGAAUUUGGAGCAGCAGGGAAAGAUUGUGUAG